CUCUCUCUCUCUCUCUCUCUCUCUCUCUCUCUCUCUCUCUCUCUCUCUCUCCUGCUCUUGCGCUUGCACGGAGCGAGAGGGGGAACUGGAAGGGAAGAAUGAGGAAGAAGUCCGCUGUGCUGCGCGCCUCGUCCCAACAAAUGCGGGUUUGCUGAUGAAGCGCCGCUCCGGUCAUCCGAUCAUACAGGUCGCUCGGGUCGCGCCGCAUGGAAACGAGGAGUAGGCAACAGCAGACAAACAGCAACAAAUAGAAAAAAAAAACUGUCAGUGCAUGGGAAUCCGGACUCCUCUCCCCUCCUUUUGUGCGUCUCGGCCGGUGGAUACGCCGUCUUGGCUGGCGUAUAAGAGCUCCCUGCGUCUCCAUUACCAUUCCCCACUACUGGCUUACCUCUCCUAGGCUACUCCUCCUCCUCCUCUUACUCCUCGUACUGCUACUAUUACUAGAAGAGCUACAGUGCUGCUUUUUUACUACGAACCGCUCUCCUCCGGAUUGUGGACACUCUCUGGAUAGAAAGGUUCAAGAUCCUCAUUAAUCGUCACCUCACAGUACUGGUCUAGACGUCACCAUGGGCCACUCCUCCCUCCUGUCCCCUGCCGUGAGGCUAGCAGUUGUCGCGGUGAUUCUCCUCCUCAAGCUCCAUCCCUCAUUGGCCGGGGCCCCCCCUCAGACGAGCUUGGGUGGCUCCGUUUCUGCAGUGUCCACCAAUAAAACUGAAUGCAGCAAGCCUGAGGCGUGUGCAAGGGGGGUGAUCCUACCUAUCUGGGAGCCCCAAAACCCAUCGUUUGGUGACAAGGUUGCUCGGGCGACAGUUUACUUCGUGGCUCUGGUCUACAUGUUUUUGGGUGUGUCGAUCAUUGCUGACCGUUUCAUGGCAUCAAUAGAGGUCAUCACGUCACAGGAAAAGGAGAUCACCAUCAAGAAACCCAACGGGGAGACCACCACCACGACUGUUCGGAUCUGGAACGAGACCGUCUCCAAUCUCACCCUCAUGGCUCUGGGCUCUUCGGCUCCUGAGAUCCUGCUGUCCGUCAUAGAGGUCAUGGGUCAUGGGUUUCAUGCUGGAACUCUGGGCCCCUCCACCAUUGUGGGCUCUGCGGCGUUCAACAUGUUUGUCAUCAUAGGGAUUUGUGUGUACGUCGUGCCUGAUGGCGAGACGAGGAAGGUCAAGCACCUCCGCGUCUUCUUCGUCACGGCCACCUGGAGUAUCUUCGCCUACAUUUGGCUCUACCUGAUCCUGUCUGUGAUCUCGCCUGGUGUGGUGCAGGUGUGGGAGGGGCUGCUCACGUUCUUUUUCUUCCCCAUCUGUGUGCUGUUCGCCUGGGUGGCCGACCGCCGCCUGCUGUUCUACAAGUAUGUGUACAAACGCUACCGCACUGGCAAGCAACGUGGGAUGAUCAUUGAGACAGAGGGCGAUCGUCCACUUCCUUCCAAGGUGGACAUUGAAAUGGAUGGGAAGAUGCUGAACUCUCAUGGUGUUGACUUCCUGGAUGGCCCGCUGGGUUUGGAUCUGGAUGAGAAGGAUCUGGACGAGGAGGAGACGCGGAGAGACAUGGCCAAGAUCCUGAAGGAGCUCAAACAGAAACACCCCGACAAGGAGGUGGAACAACUCAUCGAGCUUGCCAACUACCAAGUCCUGAGCCAGCAGCAGAAGAGUCGUGCUUUCUACCGUUGCCAGGCCACCAGGCUGAUGACAGGUGCUGGCAACAUCCUGAAGAAACACGCUGCCGAUCAGGCACGAAAGGCCGUCAGCAUGCACGAGGUUCGCUCUGAUGUGGGUGACAACGACCCCAUCUCUAAGAUCUACUUCGAGCCCGGUUCUUACCAGUGUCUCGAGAACUGCGGCACAGUGGCGGUGAACGUGGUGCGUCGUGGCGGUGACCUGGGCAAGACGGUCUCUGUGGAGUACCGGACAGAAGACGGCACCGCCAACGCUGGCUCGGACUACGAGUUCACAGAGGGCGUGGUGGUGUUCAAGUCUGGCGAGACGAUGAAGGAGAUCCGCGUGGGGAUCAUUGACGAUGACAUCUUUGAGGAGGAUGAAAACUUCCUGAUUCACCUAUCCAAUGUCAAGGUGUUGACGUCAGAAGGCGAGGAGCCCGAGGAAAGCGAGUCAGCUAACCACGUGGACUCGGUGGCCUGUCUCGGCUUGCCCUCCGCAGCGACCGUUACCAUCUUUGACGACGACCACGCCGGUAUCUUUACAUUUGAGGAGCCUGUAUGCCACGUGAGCGAGAGCGUUGGCACCAUGGAGGUGAAGGUGCUGAGAACGUCGGGGGCUCGCGGCGUGGUCAUGCUGCCUUACAAGACGGUGGAGGGAACAGCACGAGGCAGCGGAGAGGACUUUGAAGACGCUCACGGCAUCCUGGAAUUUCAGAACGACGAGAUCUUGAAGAGCAUAACCCUUAGGAUCUUAGACCGGGAGGAGUACAAUAAGCAGUCCUCCUUCUACGUUCUGCUUGAAACCCCCCAAUGGAGACGCAGCGGGAAGGAACGGACAGAGGAGCAGCUGAAGGAAGAGGAUGAGGAAGAGGAGGCGCUGACGGGAAAAGAUGAAGAGGAGCGCCGCAUCGCCGAGAUGGGCCGCCCCAUGCUGGGCGACCACGUCAAACUGGAGGUCAUCAUAGAGGAAUCAUACGAGUUCAAGAAUACAGUGGACAAGCUGAUCAAGAAGACCAACCUGGCUCUGCUGGUUGGAACCAACAGCUGGAGAGACCAGUUCAUAGAAGCCAUCACUGUGAGCGCAGGCGAGGAUGACGACGACGAGGAGUGCGGGGAGGAGAAGUUGCCGUCGUGUUUCGACUACGUCAUGCACUUCCUCACCGUCUUCUGGAAGGUUCUGUUCGCCUUCGUCCCGCCCACAGACUAUUGGAACGGCUGGGCCUGUUUCGUCGUCUCCAUCUGCAUGAUCGGGCUGCUCACCGCCGUCAUUGGGGAUCUUGCCUCUCAUUUCGGCUGCACAGUGGGAUUGAAAGACUCAGUCACAGCAGUAGUAUUUGUUGCAUUGGGAACCUCUGUACCAGAUACCUUUGCCAGUAAGGUAGCUGCCAUCCAGGAUCAGUAUGCCGACGCCUCCAUUGGUAAUGUGACAGGCUCGAACGCUGUCAACGUUUUCCUGGGCAUCGGGGUGGCGUGGUCCAUCGCUGCCAUCUACCACCAGAGCAGGGGGGAUGAGUUCAGGGUGGACCCUGGCACGCUGGCCUUCUCCGUCACCCUCUUCACCAUCUUUGCCUUCGUCUGCGUCGCCGUGCUGAUGUACCGACGGCGGCCAGAGAUCGGCGGAGAACUGGGCGGGCCCCGGACUGCGAAGGUCCUGACCACCAUGCUGUUUGUCAGCCUGUGGCUCCUCUACAUCCUCUUCUCCUCACUGGAGGCCUACUGCCACAUCCAGGGCUUCUAAGGUGACAGGAGGUAACGAAGGGAAGGGUGGGACAGAAGGAGAACAUGGAGGAAGAAAACCAAGGGGGAGGUGGGUGAAUGGAUGGAUUUGGAAGUUAAGGCUCUCUCAUUGAUCUAUCACUCCCUCCCUUUACGCAAUAGAUUGAUUGACGGAUGAAUGGAUGGAUGUACAGAUGAAGAAAUGGAGGACGCGUUAAAGCAUCUUAAAACAGAACAGGAAGAAGUACGAAUACACGGAAGGACGACAGCAAACAGGAGAAUCACAGGAGCUAGAGAAAUGGCUCAGAAGAUGGAAAAAUGGUGGACAAACGAAUAAACUAUGGAAUUAAUUUUUUUUUUCUCGACCUAUAAAUCCAAACCAAUCAAGCUGUCUUAAACCCUCCCCUGUUUUAAAUACAUAAAUCUAAUCCCCAAAGUCGCAAACACAGAAAUAAACACACACAGUUUCCCAGUUUGUUCAACCAUACACAAGUCAACAUGAGAAGCAAGAUAUUAAACCAGACACACACACCGUUCACAGCUGCUAAUAGAAACAGCAUCUCCCAUUAAUCCCCUUCCAGUUGGAGCAGCGCUACACCCGCGUCCAGCGACAGUAACAGGCUCACGUUAGACAGAAGGAGACAGUAACUGUAUCAGUAUGUACAUGCAUGACCAGACGAUACUGAAAACACAAUCAGAAGAAGCCGGACAUAUUGCCACAACUGUUUAAUGACAACAAACUGUGCGAGUGCUGGUGUGUGACUGUGUGUUUCUGUGCUUGUGUGUUGUGGGAAGAUGGUCAAGUACUGUGAAAAACAAAAAAGAAAAAGACGCCUCUCGUUUUGCCGUCUCUGCGUGAGACGGGAUACGCUUUCGUAUUUCGAGGUCUUUUCGACCCUCGCUCUCCCGGCCUGUAGAAAUGCUGAGUAAGACUCUUUUGUGGGAGGGCAGCGAUCGAUUGAAGUGAACGGUUUUGAACUGAGGUUAGAAAUGUAAAUACAAAGAGCUGAACGUACAUUACAGCUCCACUAUUUUCCUUCUGAAUGUCUUGGUUACGCCAUGCGCUCCUGAACAGGCCCUCUUUCUGUUGCUUUAUACUGUAGAUGUAAAUGAUUUUAAGGUUUAAUUUGAAUCGAGAAAAGGGGUUAGUGUGCUUUUACCUUUAAUAAGGCCGCGUCUGAGAGGACAACAUGGCCGCUCUACCGUUUAAAACUGUUAGAGAGAACUAUUAUCAUUGCAUAACUUUCUAGGUAACUCUUACGUGUGUUUGUGUUUUCUUUUUUUUAACCGUGGAAUUCUGUUACCUGGUUUUCCACCGAUGAGAUUGCCAUCGCCAUGUGUCAAUCAUAGCAUUGCAAUAGACUUUGAAAAAACCGUAGGUACCGCCCUCAGUGAAACCUCAUGUCUGUCAACUGCCUCUCUCUCUCAUCGUUUAUCUCACUUUGAUGAUGCCGCUUUACCAGUUGGUUCACUCGACAGCUUCGGCCAUUAUCCCUGUGUGUCUUAAGCAACCCCUUCCCCCCCACCAUCACCACCCCUUCUGGCUGGUCAGUGGACCAAUCAAAAUCCUCAAGGGCUUUGUAAGAAACAACCACUAAUCCCUAACCCUGACCCUUGAUUUAUGAUUCUUCACAUAGAUUGGUCCUUAGGGGGCUAUUUAACAGGGAUUUCCUCAUACUUCACCUGCUUAGUUGUUAGGACUUUGCUUCAGUGUGGCUUUAAAAGAAAAAAAAACAAAAACAAGACUACGUGAAAUAAAAGUUAAAACAGGUUCAUAUAAUAGAGUUACCCAAAUAUUGGAAAAGCAAACAAGGCUUCAACCUUUGUUGGUCGGAGUUUCUCCCAGUUGGUUACAAAGACUGCUUUUGAAUUGCAGUCAGCCUUAUUCCAAAUUAAAUCAUAUACGCUAUGGUUCUUUUCCCAGGCCACCUCCACUCAUUGCUAUGCUUAAACAUGCAAGCCUUCAGUCAUGUGGAUCAUGAAGGCCUUAGCCCAAAGGAAGCAAUGAACAUCUGACUUCAUAUUAUGCCUUUAUUCAAGGGCAUGUGUUUUCUCUCGAGUAAAGACUCGUAAUCUGCACGAUUCACUGCUUCACGCCGGCCUUGGAACCCGACUUUUACUUCAGCAGCCAGUUUUCACUCUUAUCGUGACAGCCAUCUGACGAAGGAACGGUUUAAAAGCGUUUGUUGUUGGUGGGGAAGUAGUUUUACUAACAGAUAGGGGCAAAUACCGUUGUACUACAGAAGCUCUGUGGGGACAUCUAGUAUAGGGUACAUCUAAUCUGUGCCAGCCAGACUCUGUUUAUCAAGCUCACAGAGGUUUGGAGACAAUUUUCAACCUGAAAUCCUUUAUACAAGCUAUUCAAUUGGCUGUAUGUCGGAAAACACCCACCCCCAGAAACUACACCUCUGGGACCUGUCUUGCCAAGUGAGCUCAACCACUGUAAGUUGGGCUCUCUGGGUCAUCUGGCUUCUCUGAGCCUCUUCUUAUCCAGCUAUGAGCAAGUUCAUUGCAAAUUUGCAACAUCACUUGCCUUUUUAUGGUAGGGUAAUUUUGUCCAUGUUGGGAGUCUGUAGAAAGAAUGAGCCUAUUAUCAGCUCAUUAUUUCAGUGAGCUAAUUAGCAUCAUCUAUGAGCCCAGUGAGCUGAUGCUAAUUAGCUGCGCAGCCAUGGUGAGCUGCUCUGGUGAAAAGUUAAUCAUCUUUGUGAUAGCAGAAAGCCGGGGUUCAGCCCAAAGUGAAACUCAGUUUAUGAUACAGGCCCACACGGGUUCUACAAAUAAAUCCUCUGUAGAGUCAUUUUACUGUUUGAGGUGUUGUUCGCCCUCUUCUAAAUGAAUUUUGAGCUUGAAUGUUACGAAAGGUUUAUGCAAAUGAUAGGAUAAAGGUCUGGCUGGAUUUGUUCCCACCCAAAAAAUGUUUUUUGAAAAUACUAGAUGUGCUGUUUUCGGGACACUAGCUACUAAAGAACUCAAGCAAAAGCCAAGCAUCACUGAAAACCCUUGUCAAGUACUAGGCUAGCUAGCAAACAUGUAGCCUACCAAUACCUGCUUUCGGAAGCAUUAACACGACCAACACUAGAAUACGCAACUUUCAGAUUACAUUAAACUGCAAUAACACACAGCAGACUGACAAACUGACACUAUCAGACACUAACUGCUGGGAAUCUUUUUUCAUGAUUCAGUCAUCAACAGACAAAAAAAUAUAUCCUGAAAAAUGAACAACGUUAAAGUGUCCCAAGAGCCUGUCCUGACACAUGCGUAGAGUAUAUAUCUUCAAGCUUAUCUUGACUGUCAGAGAGGUUUACACUUCAGACUGUUAACUAUUUUACUCAUUCAGCCAAAACCACAACAUACAACAAAACUUACUGUAUACGUAGGCAUAAAAGUCCGUAGUUUGUUAAAUGGCACUAUACUGUAUGCAUCGGAAUUGGCCAGAAUUUUCCUGCUGAUGUUGUGUUUUUUUACUUGAUGUAUAAUAUAAUAAGUAGUAUUUUAAAUGUCAUCUGUAAAGUACGUAGUCUGGGUUUAGACGUAAUCCAUUUAAAACUUGGCAACAAUCUUGUCACAGACAGCUUUCAACCCCUGUGAGAGAGUAGAGCUGAGCAGAGCCCUGGAUUGGAUGAGUUUGGCAAGUCCAGAGUAUCUUGAAGAUAACUAUGUAAAAUUCAAACUCAUCAAAUGACGCGCUUGAAGUAGAAAACCGCCCCAUUAUGGCUGAUAAAGUUUCAGCGGGUGACAACCAGCAACAUGGCUUGCUUACUGAAAUGUGACCAAACUGCACCAACGUUGGAACAUUUUUGGAACAACUCUGUAUAAACUCUAAAAUUAAAUCCCUUGUCCAUAAAAUAAAUGAUAAUAUGAGGCGUCAGAUUACUCGCAUUUGCCAAACUCUGCACAAUGUCCGGCUCUCCAUUAGAGUAGCUGUUCUCAUGUGAAGGCCUUGGAGUGGCAGUUUACCCCUGUUUUGCCAAAGGGAAAUCUUUCUAACAGAAACUUAAAUAUUUGCAGUCCAACCUGUAAAGGGUUUUAUAACCAAUGGAUCUUUCUUAAAACACCAAAUAUUAUUCAUAUUUCAUUUCCACUCUGAAAAGAGACAAAAGACACCUUGAUGUUGUUUUAACUCUAACCAGAAUCUUUCUAUUUAAAUUUGUAUGCAUUUGUCUCUUCACUGGCAUGGAGCUGAAGGUUUAUACACUGUAAAAAAAAAAAAAAAGUUAUGCUAGCUUGCGCAAAAAAAAAAAAAAGAAGUAACAUUGUAGAAGCUGUUUGCAUCACUUUUUGAGUAACUCCAACAGGGUAUAAGUUAUCUUUGAUAUAGAUAAAUCAAGUUGGAUUUACUUAAAAUCUGCCUAAUUGGUCAGAGUGAACUAGAUUAAAAGCUUGCAGUAAUGUAGUUGUUUGCAUUAAGUUAGCUUGCUGCACAAAUUUUCCAGAGGCUAACAUUUUUCAUUUAUGGGAAGUUAGUUCUUUUGCUACACCAGCUUCGAUGCACCGCCUCUCUCUGUGUAUCUACCUUGACUUAAAAGACUGACGUGAAGCUAAUGGCAGAUUAACGACAGCUGCUCAAAGCCCAACAGGGUUUAGACCAAGGUGGGAAGCUAAACACGGCUAACAAAAGGUUAGCUGUGACUGUAGCCACGAUCGUAAGGAUUGUAAGUACCCAACCAGGUUCUCUUCAACAGCGACUCAUCCAGGCAAAGAACCACAAAUGCACUUGAAUUUAGCUUCCUGCCUUGGUUUGACAGGUCAAAGGUUAGCCAGGCCAUCGCUGUACAUACAGUAUAACACUAAGAGCAAGCAAGGAGUAGAAAAACGAGCUGUAGAUGACAGUAGUUUUUGUUUUUAUUCUUCUGUGGUGGGAUUCGAAGAAGCAGGCAGGGUUUGAAAUGAAGGAAAAGCAUUGCACUGGUACUUUUCGCUUAUGUGAAACGGCUACUAUGUUGUUUCGUUAACAAAGUUGCUUCUGAUGUAAACAACAACAGAGAUUUUGUUUGUUUUUUUUGACUCUGAUGUACACAAUAAUAAUGUUGUACCUGAUGUAAAAAAAAAAAAGAAAAAAAGGAAAAAAAAAACUACAACGGUGUUGAAUCAGUUGUGUACCAUUAACAACGUUGCUUCUAACGUAAUGAUUGAUGAUGCGUUUCCGUUGCCUCGUGCCACUUCUUAACUGAACUGUCUGUCGGACAGACCGAGGAAUAAACGAAUGCAACACCAAACAGACAGACAGACAAACAAACAAACAAAUGCAAGGAAGGACAAACAGCCCUGCUGGUACGAGCCGAGUGACUGAGACUGAGGAAAAAAACACUACCAGAGCUAUUCUCCACCCUUAAAGUAACGUUAACAAGUACAAUGUAAAAGGAUGAUGCUAAAGAGAGAAAGGAGGAGAAGGAAGACAAGGAGGAAGAAGAUGAAUAUUAAAGAAAAAAAAACAUGAAGUUACAGCCAUACAUUGAUUUCUGGGUCAGUGAGACUGAAACGGACUUCUCCUGCCCAGCAUGUGUAUUGUUAUGAUGUCUAUCCGUCCCUCUGUGUCUCUUCCCCCAACUCUGUCUUUCUUUCUCGGUCUCUCUGCUGCCAAAGUAACCAAAACAGGCAGUGAUAUUUUUAUUUUUUAUUGUUUAUUUUUUUUGUUCUGUCUUUUCUUCCCAGAUCCCCUCUUUACCCUCCGUCUCCCCUAUGCCAUGUUUUCCAUAUUUUGGAAUGUCAAUGUGCUACUUGUUGAUACUGUGCAUGAAUGAUAACAUGUCUGUAUAUAGUUAUAGAGAAUCGUAUCCCAUUCCCCUGGUGUUGACAAAAAAUAUGGUUUGAAUGUUGUACAGAUUCAGGUUUUCUGUUCAUCUUUUAUUCUGUUCAGUUACUUUUUUCUUUUCUUUUUUUUUUUUUAAAUAUAUGUAGAGCUUAACAACAGUAUGUUUUUAAUUUAAACGAAGACGACAAUGACGUCUUCUGUUUUGGAGUAACUUGCACAUGACUGAUUAAUUAAUUACGUUUUGGGUUUUUUUUUGUUGUUAAAAAGGCAAUAUCUGCUGUUAUUGAAUGAGAGAUGAGAUCUUAAAGGAGUUAUGUAUCUUAAAUAAAUAAUCUAUACGGGAGUUGCAUGGGUUAUUUGUACAAAAAAAAAAAAGACACUGCUUGCUACUUCUAAUACCGUGGCUGUAUUCUCUGACAGAGGGCGAGGAAUACUGUAUGUACAUCUAAAGGUUAUUUUGUCAUUAAAGAAAUAAUAAUAAUAUUGUGUAUAUACUGUACAGUGUUAUAAGUGAGGUGGACUGUAUGGCCAUCACACUAACCAUAGAGAAUUAAUUCUACAUAUUUAUUUAAAGGAAACAAAACACUCACUACACUCAAGAAUGACAUAUAUUGCCUUUUUGGAGAAGUUGUACUUUGCUUGAAGCUUGUUUCUCUAUCUCUCUGCCUCGCUCUUUCUUCUCAAUCAUCGGUUUAUUUUACCUGUCUCUUUUCUUCCUUCCAUCUCUCUCCCUAUGCUCUUUUAUAUUUCUAUUGAUGGGGUGUUUCAGACGGGCUUUUUGUCAAUCUCUUCGCUGUUCUAUUCUGACUCGGACCCGUCACAUUUUCCCCGUUCUGUCUGUCUUGACGUGCGUCUGGCUGCUUACCCCACUGACUCAACAGUAUCUCCACACCUGCUUUGUAUUCAACUGUUUUUCUACCCGUCCUCGUACACGCAUAUCCAUCUCUAGUUUAAAUAUAACUGCCCGUGUCACCAUCUGUCUGACUCUCUCAAAGGAUCAUUUGUCUGUACUUGAGUCACCAUCUGUCUGAUUCAGAACCGUCUGUCAUUUUUCUUACUAAAUCCCUUUCUUUUCAUCUUAAUCCUUCCUCUGCUCCGGCACAUCUUUUACCACCUCCACACUCUCUCCCUCUAUCCAUCCAUCCCUCCUCUCCUUCUUUCUUUCUUUCUUUCUUUCUCUGUCCUUCUCUUCGCUCUCACAGGGUGUAGUUGGGAAUUUCAUGUUUUUUCAAUAUGAUUUGGUGUGUUUUUUAAAAUGGAACAAUAACCACAACAGUUAUAAUGUUGGUAAUAAUGAAGAUAAUUUUUUGUUUUUUUUGCCACUGUCCUCUGUGUGCGCGUGAGUAUGUUAAUUUUCUUCAGUUUUUUUAUUGAUUUUUGUUGAACACCAACUGAUAGGAGGAAAGUUGUAUGUGUGUUGCCACUAACUGUGACUGCUCUCCAUGGUACAUGGUACUUCUGAUAAAAACCAAUAAAAUAAAGUUUGGGAUACCCUGUUUCAGAGA